AUGGCUAAAGAGGCUGCUAUGUUCUGGGCCUAUUCGCGUGAAUCAAGAAGGCUGCCCAGCAAUGUUUUGAAGGCUAUGGGCGAGGAAAUCGCAAGAGGCCUCGCUGUUCCCUCGACUACUUCCUCCCAGGAAACAGCAACGGAGCCAGCAGAGUCCUCCAGCCAACUUCUUCUGGAAGUUGUCCUCCUAGAAGCUAGCUCUGCAGCCCUGGAGCCCAUCGCGGAGGAGCGGAGAUCCGAGUCACUAAGGGCUCAGGUUCAAGAAUUGGAGUUGUCCCUCACUCCCCGCGAUCUGCUCGACCCUCUGACUGUGGAUGACCUUCUGGAUUCUUAUCUUCACUCUGUAGGGGAGUCCGCUCGGUCAGCUAGGAAUCUGGCUCAGGUAUCAUCCGAAAAUAUAAAGGAAUUACAAGCGGCCCUGAAGACCAGUGAUUCAAAAUUGAACUCAAAGGGUCAGCGUCAUCACCAGUUGGCGACAGAGUUGGAGGAGAAAGAGUCAGAGCUGGUCGCUUUCUCUGCGGAUCUGAAGGCACUCCAGGAGUCUAAUAAAGCCUUGCAGAAAGACCUAGGAGUUGCACGAGCAGACCUGGCCGCAAGUGCUGACCGGGAAAAAGCUCUCCAGGCUCAACGGGAUCUGGACCAGGCUACUAUCAAGUCUCUUCAGGCAGAUCUUCUCAAAGUCCAGGCGAAGGCUUCUACCCUCAAGCAGGAGAAUGCGCUGGCUCUGGCAGCUGCAGACAAAGUAAAGGUAGAGCUGGUGGAGUACAGGUCAGGCGAAAAUGAUCGUCUUAGAGCCUAUAGAAUUUCCUACGUUGAGUCUCCGCUCUUCCAGAAGAAGAUAGGUGAUCUAAUCGAUCGGAUGCUCUGCUACGGGGGCAUGGGUGUUGUGCCCCAGUUGUUUGAACAAGGACUUCUUCGCUCUACCCCCUUAAACGACUUCCUGGAUAGGGAUCGCCUGAUGCGAGAACUUCCUGAUGAAGCCUUCCCAUCCUUCAUUGCAGACGAUGACUUUCUGGCUGUUCCUGUUCCUCCCCCGAGGGAUAUACCUCCUACAGAGCCUCAGCCAUAA